AUGGCAGGGUUUCAGGUGGAGAUGAAGGCCCUGAGCCUGCUGGCACCGUGUUCCCCGACUGGGGUCCAGACUCUCAGGCCGGAGAGCCUCCUGCUCGUGUCCACCCUGGAUGGAAGUCUCCAUGCACUAAGCAAGCAGACAGGGGACUUGAAGUGGACGCUGAGGGAUGAUCCCAUCAUCCAAGGGCCAAUGUACGUCACCGAAACGGCCUUCCUCUCAGACCCAGCUGAUGGCAGCCUGUACACCUUGGGGACCCAGAAACAGCAGGGCUUGAUGAAACUGCCGUUCACCAUCCCCGAGCUGGUCCACGCCUCCCCGUGCCGCAGCUCCGACGGUGUCUUCUACACGGGCCGAAAGCAGGAUGCCUGGUUUGUGGUGGACCCCGAGUCAGGGGAGACACAGAUGACCCUGACCACAGAAGGCGCCUCUACGCCCCGCCUCUACAUUGGCCGCACACAGUACACGGUCACCAUGCAUGACCCCCGGACCCCGGACCUGCGCUGGAACACCACCUACCGCCGCUACUCAGCGCCCCUGCUGGAUGGCUCUCCUGGAAAAUACAUGAGCCACCUAGCAUCCUGUGGGAUGGGCCUGCUGCUCACUGUGGACCCAGGAAGUGGGGCGGUGCUGUGGACACAAGACCUGGGUGUGCCUGUGAUGGGCAUCUACACCUGGCACCAGGACAGCCUGCACCAGCUACCCCAUCUCACACUGGCUCGGGACACCCUGCACUUCCUCGCCCUCCGCUGGGGCUACAUCCGACUGCCUGCCUCCCGCCCCCAGAACACAGCCCAUUUCUCUGUCUUGGACAUCCAGCUGCUGAUGACGCUGUAUGUGGGGAAGGAGGAAGCUGGCUUCUACGUCUCCAAAGCACUGGUCCACACAGGGGUGGCCCUGGUGCCUCGUGGACUGACCCUGGCCUCCAUGGAUGGCCCCACCACAGAAGAGGUGACACUCCAAGUCUCAGGAGAGCGAGAGGGCUCUCCUAGCACAGCUGUCAGAUACCCCUCAGGCAGCGUGGCCCUCCCUAGCCAGUGGCUGCUCAUUGGACACCACGAGCCACCCCCAGUCCUGCACACCACCAUGCUGAGAGUCCAUCCCACCCCAGGAAGUGGAACCGCUGAAACCAGACCCUCCAAGAGCAUGCAGGCCCCAGCCCUCUCCUCGGAGCUCCUGAGCCUGAGUCGGGAGGAACCUCGCGACCUGGAGCUGCACCCGGAAGAGAAAACUCCAGACUUGUAUCUAGGGCUGGGGCCCCAAGACCUGCUGGUGGCCAGCCUCACUGCAGUCCUCCUGGGAGGGUGGAUGCUCUUCGUGAUGAGGCAGCAGCAGCAGCUGGCAGAGAAGCAGCAGGCCCCCCUGGCACCCGCAGGCCCUCCUCCCAUCUCACAGGGGGCUCUAUCCCAGCUCUCGGGGACCACCCCACAGGACCAGAAGAGGCUGCAAAGCCCCUCGGAGCAAACCUCGCCACUUGAAGACCCUGAAGCUGAGCAGCUCACUGUGGUGGGGAAGAUCUCCUUUAACCCCAAGGAUGUGCUGGGCCGUGGGGCAGGCGGGACUUUCGUUUUCCGGGGACAGUUUGAGGGGCGGGCAGUGGCUGUCAAGCGACUCCUUCGUGAAUGCUUUGGCCUGGUCUGGCGGGAGGUCCAGCUGCUGCAAGAGUCAGACAGGCACCCCAAUGUGCUCCGCUACUUUUGUACAGAGCGGGGACCCCAGUUCUACUACAUCGCCCUGGAGCUCUGCCCUGCCUCCUUGCAGGAGUACGUGGAACACCCCGAGCUGGACCGCUGGGGCCUGGAGCCUGAGACAGCGCUGCAGCACCUCAUGUCUGGCCUGGCCCACCUGCACUCUCUACACAUAGUGCACCGGGACCUGAAGCCAGCCAACGUGCUCAUCACGGGGCCUGACGGCCAGGGCCGAAGCAGGGCGGUCCUCUCCGACUUCGGCCUGUGCAAGAAGCUUACAGCCGGCCGCUGCAGCUUCAGCCUGCGCUCAGGUGUCCCGGGCACAGAGGGCUGGAUGGCGCCUGAGCUCCUACAGCUGCUGCCCCCAGACAGCCCUACCAGUGCGGUGGACAUCUUCUCUGCAGGCUGCGUGUUCUACUAUGUGCUUUCCAGCGGCAGCCACCCCUUUGGAGAGAGUCUGUAUCGACAGGCAAACAUCCUUGCAGGGGCUCCCUGUCUGGCUCACCUGGAGGAAGAGGCCCAUGACAAGGCGGUUGCCCGGAGCCUGGUGGAGGCCAUGCUAAGCCCACAGCCCCAGGAGCGCCCCUCUGCUCCGCAGGUGUUGGCCCACCCCUUCUUCUGGAGCCCAGCCAAGCAGCUCCAGUUCUUCCAGGAUGUCAGUGACUGGCUGGAGAAGGAGCCUGAACAGGGGCCCCUGGUGACGGCCCUGGAGGCAGGAGGCUCCGCCGUGGUCCGGGGUGACUGGCACAAGCACAUCUCGGUGCCGCUGCAGACAGAUCUGAGGAGGUUCCGGUCCUACAAGGGGACCUCAGUGCGAGACCUGCUCCGCGCCAUGAGGAACAAGAAGCACCACUACAGGGAGCUCCCAGGAGAGGUCCGGCAGGCGCUAGGCGGCGUCCCCGACAGCUUCGUCCAGUACUUCACAGCCCGCUUCCCGCAGCUGCUCCUCCACACACACCGCGCCAUGAGGAGCUGCGCCUCCGAGAGCCUCUUCUUGCCCUACUACCCACCCGCCCCAGGGACCAGGGAGCCGCGCCAGGGAGCUGCCGGGAGCUGA